UUCUGCCUGAAGGAAGCCGGGCACGAGGGCUUUGUGAGCCUCGAUCAUGGUGUUGCUUCAAUUCUCGAAUCACAUCCUGAUCCUUUUAAUUUCCGCCUGACCCCCGCCCGCCACCUGCACUGCGGAGGUUUUCUAUUGAUGGAGCAAGGUAUUUAUGUAUGUACAAUACAGUACAUACAUCGUCCGCUGCCCGGCUUCCUAGGCAUCUUGGUAAACUGUAAUAGCUGCAAGGGACGCGAGCAUGCAAGCCAUGCAUGAGGACUUGGCAUCGUCCGUGGACAACCAAGGUUACAUGACGAACAUGUUGCUCCUCUGGACUUGGACACAAUACGGAAUCAACGUUCGCCGAAGGCAUGGCGCAGCCAAUCGCACAGUUGAGUCUCGGGUUCGAGGUAAACACUCUGCGCCUGCCAGUCAGAGACAGGCACUCAUCAAUCCGCAACAGACGCCAUCCAAGCUUCUUGACUCCAGCCCAUGCUUCCUAUGCAAGGGGUUUCCCCGACUUGCUUCUGCCAAAUCUCCGAGCAUCUCAACAGAUCGCCAGUGUAGUCUGCUGGAUGCUUGUGCGGGGGCUCUGUGCAUAGCCGCGUUGACGACUCGGAUUAUCAGGUCCAGCGACUCGGGAUCAUUCUCGCCUCGCUGGUUAAAAUCUACCCCCACGGCGAGCUGUCGAGCUCGAUGUCUGACAGCAUAGUUCCCUUGUGUGAACUUAUGCUGCUCGUACCUCACUCAGCCGUGCUCAAACUUGGAGGGAGUACGGGCGAGAGGCGCAAAGUUCUGAGCAGAAUGCCACAAUUCAGCCCGUCAUCAAUAGGGGUAAGGGU